ACAUCAAUGUGCUUAAAGAACAUCAGCGUGCACUUAAACAUCCACGAUCUGACAAUGAAACCCAAACCAUCCUCUACAUUCUUGCCAACAUCGUCUUGAGUCAGUCGGGUGAGCCGUGUGAACAAGCAGAAGAGCUUCAGGCCAGGUUACAGAAACUUUGGCUGAGAGAAAUGCAAGACAGAAGCCCAGAGUUUUACCUCUUGAUUCUUUUGCUCUUUUGGCCCGAUGAAGUACAGCCAGGAAUCACAAACCAUCCAAACCUUGAAAAGUGUGUCCAAUACAUGGGUCAGUCAUAUGAGAGAAAGUAUCAGAAAUACCUCCGCCGUCGCUACCUGGUGCCUCUGUUCUUCUUUGGGAAAGAGAAAGGUUUGCAGAGACUGGUUCAUGCAUUAAAACUAGAUCAAAUUGAUAUGGAGCUCCUCACUGAAGGACAUGAGCAUGCAGACGUCGAAUGUCUUCAGCGUAUCAACGGAGAGGUCAAGAAUCAAGAAGUGUUUGCUGUUAGAGAUGGCCAACAGAUUCCAGUCACUCCUCACGAUCCGUCUAGUGCGUGCAAACCAGGCCAGGUGUCUUUCUACCUGGGCUUCAAUAUCAGAGGACCAGUUGCCUACACCAUCAGAUAUGAAGAGAACUUGUCUCUGCAGAGAUCACAUGAGAACCGUGUGAUUUAGUGCUCGAGCAGGUGACUGUGGGAUGCAAUGACUCUCCGAAACUCAAAUGUCCUCAGACGGCUGAUCCAGGACAAAUGUUUACAUGUCUUCUUAAUAUUUCUGUUUCUAUGUUCUGGAGAAAGAAAGGGGGAAGAAAAGUUGAUGAUAAUUAUUAGUUAUAAAUAGAGUUCAGUCAUGGUACAUUGGUCACUUAUUUUUAGAGGAAUGUAGAGAGAGAGAGAGAGAGAGAGAGAUAGAGAGAGAGAGUAUGUGUGUGUGAGAGAGAGA